AUGGCCCCGACACCGCCCUUUGCUUUAGAACAUCAGCUCACGCGGGAGCUAGACGGGCCGGCCCGGCACGUGCCGGGAUACCCCCGCGUGUCUUUGGAGGACCCAAGCAUGGUAUGGGACUUGCUGGCCAGGGAAAUCUGCUCGGAUGAUCUGGACCGGGUCGCCAACAGGCUCUGGUGGAUGUCAAAACAGGACAACGGAAACAUAUCGCCUCUCCACCGGCAGUUGGUGAAACGGCGCACCAUCGUCGUCACGGAGGACCCAAAGCUUCACUUGGUGUGGAUCUACGAUCGCAUCUUCAUCAAGCCGCUCCCGCGGUACAUCGGCUCCUACGCAUUCUGGCAGGACUACCUUUGUGCGGAGGAGGUCGGUGGCGGGGAACGCGAACAGCGCAUCCGCCGAGCGGCGCUAGGCUACCUGCGGACGUACUACUAUCUCGUAAAGCACGAGUCCGACUUGCGCAUCGCCCAGGACCCCAGUCUGUGCCUCAUCCCGCCGGACAUCACCUGGAAGCAGUUCUGCGACUUCGCAUCGAGCUUGGGCGGCAUCGCAGACCGAGACGUCUCCCUGCGCUACACGUAUGGCGAGAUCCGCCUGACGCGACUCAAUUUCUACGCUCCGCUCCUCCUUGGCAAAUCACACUUCCAGAGAGUUGAGUACCAGUACGGGCCGUACUUUGCGCGCUUCUAUGGGCCGAUCCUGUUCGUGAUUGCGGUCGCGUCGGUGGUCCUGAGCGGACUGCAGGUAGUUGUCUCGGUCGGGGACGGCGGUGAGGGCGGUUGGAAAGGAUCGGCGCUCUGGAUCAGCGUCAUUGCUAUCGUGUCGUCCUGCAGUCUCAUCUUCAUUCUGGGCCUCGUCCUGGUGUACAAAGUGGCGAGGGAGUGGAAGUUUGCGAUCCGCGACCGCCUCCGACUGUUGGAGGAGAAGCGGGCGGCAGAGUGA